UGUUUGUUUUGAACGGAGGAUUUUUAGAAAGUUUUUUUUUUCUAAGCAAUCACUGCCAGCAGCUACAAACUGAUUUCAAUAAACACGAAGAAAGAUCGCGUAAUCAUUUCAACAAGACAUGCCAUAAUUCAAGGAUGCAUUAAUAUAUACGUGCGUUAAUUUUUUGAAUAGACGUUUUGUGUUUGUGGUCGUUAAAUUUCACGUUGAAUGUCAUUUUUACAUAAUUCAUUUAUUUAUAUUAUUAAUAUAAUAUUUAACGAUCAAGCCGUACAGUGAGACGCCAUGCUCCUGUCAUUUUGUGACAAAUGUACUCAUUUUUCUAAUCUUUCUAAUGACUAAUAAUUGUGAAAAGGCCCAAUGUCUUUUUAAUUACAGAUAUUUCGAUUAAAAAGAGCAAUAACUAGCCCGCACCGCAUGCAGGCGACCGGCUGUAAAAGUUGCACCGCGUUGAGAGAUUUUUUUUUUUUGCCUGUAAAUGUGUCGCAGAUCUCUUCGCGGGCGGUUAGCUCCGAAUCGUUUACGCAAAGGUCGCGUUAAAAUUCGAAGAUCGUUAUUACGCGACGUGAUCGAUAUCAGAGCUCGGCAUAAUUCGAUAGCAAAUGCUCAUCAACUUCAUUUAGCUCUCCCCGGUGUCGAGUGACACACCAAUCAGCGCGCGCUCUCGCGGAGCGCGAGUCAGUCAGAAGCACGCAGGACCGCGAGCCCGAGGUGACUCCGAUAUUGCGCGGUUUAAAAUCGCGUUGGUCUGUGAGAUUCGAUGCGGUGCGGCUUUUUUUAGGAAAUACCUAUUCGAUCCCUAUCUCGCGGCCGUUUCUUUUAUCCCUGAUUAUUUUGGGAUGGAUCCGGUUCGAGCUCUUUUCGGUGCGCGGUGAACGUUCAAUGCAGCACUCGGACCAUCAUCGGGCUUUAUGGACUUGACCGUUAAUGAUGUCUAUGGGUUUCAUGUCUGAUACGCUGAAUAGUCCAGAUCCUUCCAAAUCGGCGUUUUUAGAGUUCGGCCACGGGCUUGCGAGCAACCAGCAGCAUUUAUCCGGAUUCGCGCACAACCUUUACCCGGUUCAUGGAUUGCACUCCGGCGGACACCUCCAGCACGACGCUCCCUAUCCUUCCAGCGCGUCCCAUUACAGCCGGCCGCUGGGAUACGCCUACCCCGGGCCGGUGAGCGCUCCCGCUGCGGGCGCCUACGUGCCUUACCAGCCAAACAACCACAGCAGCGCUCUGGCGCACGCGAGGGCCGAGGAGACGAACCACGAAAAGCCAGCGGUCAUUGAGAAUGGUGAAAUUCGCCUUAAUGGCAAGGGGAAGAAGAUCCGCAAACCGCGAACCAUUUACUCCAGCGUUCAGCUGCAGGCGCUGCACCAGCGCUUCCAGCAGACCCAGUACCUCGCGCUGCCCGAGCGCGCGGACCUCGCCGCGAAACUGGGCCUGACGCAGACGCAGGUGAAAAUAUGGUUUCAAAACAAGCGCUCCAAGUAUAAGAAGAUCAUGAAGCACGGCUCCAGUGGACCUGAAGGGGAGCUGCUUCACACCACCUCCUCGUCCUCUCCAUGCUCUCCGGGUCUCUCUCAGCUCUGGGAGGUCUCUAUGGCCAACAAAGUGCCACCCAUGCAUCCCAGCAGUUAUAUGAACAAUUACGGGCACUGGUAUCCCCCGCACCACCAGGAUCCUGCGCCCAGACCUCAGAUGAUGUGAUUAAAAUCGGAAACGCAGAGCCAGAGAGACUCUAACCCGUGAAGGUUUUUUUUCCUUUACGGUCUUCAUAUGUGUUUUAUUGCUUAGUGUGUUUGAAAGGACUGUGUUUUCCUCCCCCUGACUCCCCCCAUAUUACACUUCAGUAGCUUUUCGACCUUUUCAGAUCUUUUACAAUGUGCUUGAAAUAAAGGAUUUAUGAAAGGACGAAAAUGUUAUGAAUGAUUUAUAGAAAUUUUGAUAUUUAUUUUUUUUUACGUAAAUUGUAAGGUCCUGGCGCGUUCGCGUGGUGUGUAUAGCCUAUUUAAAACGAUCUUGUUUUACAAUAAUAUUGUUAUUAAUAAACGCGAGUGAAAUAGAUCUAUAAAGGCCCCUAAAUUAGCCUUCUGGAAUACAUUUUUGAGAUUAAACGAAGCUGCCAAAAUACGUUAUUACGCCAAUGUUAUGAAUUCAUCAUUAAUAAAUUAAUCCACAGAUGUUCACUCAGCGUCCGACUUCUAGACAUUUUCGUUUUUGUUUUUUUGGGGGGGGGUUUUUACGUUGUCAAAGUGUGGGAAAACUAGGUUGAGAUUUAUGAAUUAUUUAUGAUCAAGGCACACGGAUGUAAGAUGAUCUGCUUUUCUAUUCGACUAUAUUUUUUUUAGAUACAGGCUAUAGGCAGGCCUAUAUAUAUUUAUAUAUAUAUAAAAAAAGAAAAAGUAAAGCACGCUAUUUGUCGAGUUCUGUUCUUAUUUUAAUUUAAAUAUGAAUGAAAUUGUGACUUGUUAUAAAUAAAUCUAGAUUUCUGAUGUUACCUACUAAAAAUAGCGUUACGUAAAACGCUGCAUCCAUAAGCGAAAGUACACACACACACACACACACACAUCCUUCAAAUCAACAGGGUCCGACUUAAAUAAAUGUCAUUUUGAAAAUAUUUAGAAAUGUUGCCAAUGUAAUCGUUCGCGCGCGCAGCUGCUAGAUUAACCAGCGAUUGAAUUAUGAAUAACCGACAACAAUUACAUGCUCAGUGAUGCAGAAAGGUUCGAUUUUUAAGUCAAAUACCCGUAAUAUCUUAUUGAGUCAGAAUCAUACAAAUAUAUAAAUACGCGGCUAGUUAUCGAAUCUCAAGACGCUUGUAACAAAUUAGUAAACAUCUGCUUUUGUUCUCCUGCUUUCUUUCUGAAGUAAUGAUAAAAUAAUUCAAAGCACUGAUUGAGUUGAUGUCGUGAUGCCACCAUGAUAAAUCACCGCAGUAUAUAAUCAAAUGCAGGAGAGAAAACAUAAUUAAACGUGCAUUUCGGCGCUUAAACUGUCUAAAUACCGCGAACAAGAUGUUUGUGUUGCAUACGCAUCCCAAAUUACGCUGAUGCUCAUUUAAUGCGAUUCACCAUGAUUUAUGGCGUGCUUAUUCCCGCCGUGGUUAUUUACCAGGAGAUGUUCGUAUGCAUGCAUUUUGAGGCCAAAAAAAAAAAAACAACAAAAAACGCGACGCGUCUUUUUGUUAUUUAGGGUUCUCGCGUAGAAGUUCCAUUUUUGGUUCCUCAAAGAGUGAACGGUUUUUAAAAAUAGCUAUUUUUUAGGCUAUGCGAGUCUACAUGCGAGCUUUAAGCCUUUUUGCGAAGCGAAAACCCAUGGUGUCACAAACGGUCUCAAAAUAAAGGGUGCAGAUGUUGCUCUGGUAACAAGAUGCCACCUGGAGAAUGCAGGGUCCACUUGACCUGACUUUGACCCAGCUCACUCAACAGGGUCUUGUCUAAACAGCCUUGUUCAAACAGGCAUAUUACAAAGCAUCUCUGUCGUUUCAAACUCCUCGCAUCCAACGCCAUCCAGCACAGUGUGGGCCUUUUUCCUUCAUUUUAAUCGUUCACAUUAGAUCGCCGAGUGGGUUUUAUUAUACAGCCUGUCAUAAGAUAAAAUAAUGCCUGCCACAUGCCACUCUCAUGCACGGAACAAUAAUGACAAAAUUCUCCCGAAACCUUUUCGCUGCAUGAAACUUUUAAUAUCAUGUGCAAUAAUGCACGUUUAUGAGCCUCCACGACAUUUGUGGGAGAUUUACUGCGAUGACUCCGCGGUCCCACGAUCCUUUUUUUUCUUACUCGUUUAGU